CCAAGCAUAGCGGAGUGACUACUCGUCAGGCGCGCAGCAGUCCUGCUCCUACCCAGUUCCUGUUUCCGCCUUCUGUCUUCAGACAGUUUACAACUCAAAGCAUCAUGUUCAGGCAGAAUAUAGACCUUGAAGAAAUGCAAGCUCAAUGAGAUAAAGCCAGGAAGAAGUUGUUCUCUGAAUUCCCAAGUGAGGAUUCUGUGAGGCUUCUAAAAAAAGAAGACCACUGAGAGCCAGAGAGACUGAGCCAUCUGCCAGUCAGUCAGAGGACUGCAGAGACACAGAGGGGGACCAGAGCCCGGCUCAGCACAAGCCCAAACCAGCCUAGCCCAGAGAGGGCCCACCCAGGAAGGCAGGCCACAACAAUGGACCUCAACCCAUCCUAACCCCCUGCAGGAACCACAGCCAUGCAUUAACUAACCCCACCAACCAAACCCCAACUGGACCACGCUCACCUCCUCCGUUCUCCCUCCACCCUACGCCCUCCAUCGCCGUUCUCACCAUGCUUCAGAGCCUAUUGUGACGGGAGUGCUGCUCACCCCCCCAUCCCUCACCCCUCCACCCCAGAGACCCCAGAGGGGUGAAAGAUGCGGCCAUGGGCAGGUUCGUGGCGCUGGAUUAUGCUGGUGCUCCUUGCGUGGGGUACACUGCUGUUCUACAUCGGAGGACACCUGGUUAGGGACAGCGAGCAUCCGGAGAGAUCCAGCAGAGACCUGUCCAAGAUCCUGGCCAAGCUGGAGAGACUGAAACAGCAGAAUGAGGACCUGAGACGCAUGGCUGAGACACUCAGGUUACCAGAGGGUCAGUCUGACGGGGGCCAGGUGGUGAGCGCAGGGAGACUGCGGACCUUGGAGGAACAGCUGAUCAGAGCUAAAGAACAGAUCAACUCCUAUCGUAGCCUGCCUGGAGACGGACCAGGUAGGAACCAGGAAGAGCUGCGGAGGAAGAUAGAGAACGGGGUGAAGGAGAUCUGGUACUUUGUCCGCAGUGAGGUCAAGAAGCUGGGUCACAUGGAGCAGGGGGACCUGCAGAAACACAUCGACACACUGCUGCAGGAGCUGGGACACCAGCAGAGGUCGAUCAUGACUGACCUGCACUACCUGAGCCAGGCUGAUGGAGCAGGAGACUGGAGAGAGAAGGAGGCCAAGGACCUGUCUGACAUGGUACAGAAUAGGAUCACAUACCUCCAGAACCCCCAGGACUGCUCCAAGGCCAGGAAGCUGGUGUGUAACAUCAACAAGGGCUGUGGCUACGGCUGCCAGCUGCACCACGUGGUCUACUGCUUCAUGAUCGCCUACGGCACCCAGCGUACCCUCAUCCUGGAGUCCCAGAACUGGCGCUACGCCACGGGCGGCUGGGAGACCGUCUUCCUCCCAGUCAGUCAGACAUGCACCGACCGCACCGGGGUCACCACCGGACACUGGUCAGGUGAGGCUAAUGACAGAGACAUCCAGGUGGUAGAGUUACCCAUCGUUGACAGUCUCCACCCCCGCCCCCCAUACCUGCCCCUGGCUAUCCCAGAGGACCUGGCCCAGCGCCUCCACCGGCUCCAUGGAGACCCGUCCGUGUGGUGGGUGUCUCAGUUGGUCAAGUACCUGAUCCGGCCCCAGGCCUGGCUAGAGAAAGAGAUCCAGGAUACCACCGCCAAACUGGGCUUCAGCCACCCCAUCAUAGGGGUCCAUGUGCGACGGACAGAUAAAGUGGGGACAGAGGCAGCCUUCCACCCUAUAGAGGAGUACAUGGUUCAUGUAGAAGACCACUUCCAACAUCUGGCUAGACGCAUGCUGGUGAACAAGAAGAGAGUCUACCUGGCCACCGACGACCCCGCACUACUAAAGGAGGCCAAGGCUAAGUACCCAGACUAUGAGUUCAUCAGUGAUAACUCCAUCUCGUGGUCUGCGGGGCUACAUAACCGCUACACUGAGAAUUCACUGAGAGGAGUCAUCCUGGACAUUCACUUCCUGUCACAGACCAACUUCCUGGUCUGCACCUUCUCCUCACAGGUGUGUCGUGUGGCAUAUGAGAUCAUGCAGACCCUCCAUCCGGAUGCCUCGUCUCACUUCCACUCCCUGGAUGACAUCUACUACUUUGGUGGCCAGAACGCCCACAACCAGCUAGCCGUGUAUGCCCACCAGCCCCGCAGCCCAGACGACAUCCCCCUGGAGCCCGGCGACCUGAUUGGGGUGGCGGGGAACCACUGGGACGGAAACUCCAAGGGCAUCAACCGCAAGACGGGCCGUACCGGCCUCUACCCGUCCUACAAGGUGAAGGAGAAGAUCGAGACCAUCAAGUAUCCUACGUACCCCGAGGCAGACAAGAUGCUGAAUCAGUAGAGAGAGACU